AUGAAAAGUUCAGAGAAGUCCAAAGUUAAUCGGCGGAUAUGGAAGUGCAAGCGCAAGGUCCGUUCCGAACUUUCAGAUAAACCAGAAUCUUGGAGGGCCUGUAAUUACGCCGAUUCCUUCGAUUUAUCCUUAAGAAGUGCUCACGACAACUGUGAACGCAUCGAUUCUCAGAAAGUCUCCUACGCAGAGUUUUUUGAAAGGUUUGAAAAACCAAGCAUCCCAGUCGUUAUUAUGAACGACCAAUUGACAUGGCCCGCUUCCCACAAGUGGACCUUAAAGGUAACACCUAGAUAUAAUUUAGUCGAAUCGCGCUUUCAGCGUCUGGCAAAACGUUUCAAAAACCAAAAAUUGAAGUGCGGCGAUGAUGAUGACGGUCAUAGUGUUAGAAUCAAAAUGAAGUAUUUUGCGGAAUACAUGCAGAAUAACGAUGAUGACAGCCCUUUGUAUAUAUUUGAAGACAGUUUUGCGGAGCGUCGAAAACUGAGGAAGCUCCUUUCUGAGUACUCGGUCAGCAAGUUGUUCCCUGAGGAUUUAUUUGGUAUUGGCAAAGAUGGGAACCGGCCCCCAUACAGAUGGUUCUGCGUGGGACCCGCGCGUUCAGGAACAGCAAUCCACUUAGAUCCGCUGGCUACAAGCGCCUGGAAUGCGCUUCUUCAAGGCUAUAAGAGAUGGUGCUUCUUCCCUCCCCAGACACCAAAGGAACUUAUCACUCCGCGGCCGAAGGAAGGUGGCAAGAACCAUAAUGAGGCAAUUACUUGGUUUGUUUAUGUCUACCCGCGGACACAGGCAGCCGAUUGGCCGGCAGCCUACAAGCCUCUAGAAUUACUGCAAGCUCCGGGCGAGACAGUUUUCGUCCCCUUCGGCUGGUGGCAUGUGGUCAUUAACCUCACGGAUACCAUAGCGGUAACUCAAAAUUUCUGUAGUACCGUCAACUUUCCCUUCGUGUGGCACAAGACCCAACGCAAGCGACCAAAGUUUGCCCAGCGCUGGCUUCGUGCCCUUCGUCAACAGAGACCUGAGUUGGCACUCAUUGCGGACAAAAUGGACACCGCCCAGCCCCUGCCAAAUGCUCCAGAGUCCUCUUCCUCCUCCUCUUCUUCUUCCUCAUCUUCCAGUUCGAGCAGCAGUUCUGAAGAGGACUCGGACUCGGACGCAGACAAGUCACCCAAGUGA